AAACGUCAAAAUAAUAAAGAUUUUACAGAAUUCGAUACAAAAGUUGACAAACUAUUGAACAUACAAUUAUAAUAAAUUUUCUGUAGAUCAUGCAAUCGUGCGUGAGUAAAACAAAUAAAAAUUUUAACAAGAUAUAUUAUCAUAACAGGGGAUUGUAAAUACAUCAGUCGGUGAGAAAAUGUUUAUCAUGGCAGAUGACAAAGUUUUUUUUAGGAAGACAGUCCAUAGUUUAGCUCGAUCUUUAGCGAAAAUUGAAGAUGUUGCAUGGGAAAAGGUAGAUACAUUAUUUAAAUUAUGCCCUAAACAAUGUACAACGGAUUCAACGUUUAUGUUGACUAUCCAAAGCCAAGACGCAGUUAUUGCACUCGGCAUAUAUUUAUUAGAUAGCAAUCUGACUCAUUGUGAUAUCAUAGUUCCAUAUUUACUUGAACUUCUCAAGGGUCUUGAGGAUGCUCAAUGGUUAUGCAAGGGACAAAAAGCAAGUACUGAUCGUAUUCCUAUUGCUGAAAAAUUCAGUUUUUGUUUAAACACUCUGCUUUGUGACAUAUGUGUUAAAUCAAGUACAUAUAGGGAAGAAAUAAUUAAAACACAAGUUGAAGUUUUUGAAUCUAUAGGAAAUCAUGUAUUAAACAUAAACAGUGAAGUUAGUUUAGAUAUUAAAGAAAAUAUCUGCAGAAAUGUUAUUCCAGUAUUUAUAGGAUUAGCAAGGUCAAUGGGCAGAUUCUCAUCAAGCCAUCCACCAUUGUUGAAUAGGUUAUUUCCCCAGCAUGAGAUUAAUAUUGAGCAUAAUCAAAUGAUGAGAAAAAAGCAGUCAAUAAAUAAGAAAAGAAGUUUUACUCAGUUUCGAUCUAUAAUUCCACGUUCAUUGUCUGGAAAUUUUAACAAAACAUUUGAUUUACUCAAUAAUGACAUUUUGGAUCCAAGUAAAAGAAGUUCAUUGAAAAGUUUUUACUCAGUACCUUAUGACCCAACAACUUAUUUUUUUGCAAAGUAUGGCUCAAGUUUCAAUCAAUUUCCAAAUAUGAGAUUUUUAGAUUCACCAAAAAAGCAACUGGUCUUACUUUUCUCAUUAAACCAGUUACAAAAUAUUCUUGAUUUAUCUAAAAAGCUUUUAACCAAAGAUAAUUUAAAGGUGUUUGAUGACAUAGCUUUAGAAUUUUACAUUGCUUAUGAAAGAGAACGAUUUCCAUAUCGAUCCUUCUCUGAAACAAUUAACUUAGUAAUUGUCACAUUAUUAAGAGAAUUGUUGCAAAAUCAAAAUGAUCUUCCUGCACCGUUUACAAGAGAUGUUCAAGGGUUUGUGAAAGAUCUUUUUUUAAAUGGACAAACGGAACUACAGAGUCGAAAUCAUGAUGCAUCUGAAAGAGAAGACAGGGAAAAUAAUUAUGCAACAGUCAAUAAAUUUAAAAUAAAUGUGAUGGCCAAUGCUGCUUGUGUUGAUCUACUUGUUUGGGCUAUUGGUGAUGAAACUGGUGCUGACAAAUUAUGCAGCAGAUUAUCAGAGAAAAUAAAUUCAUCACAUAAUCAUAGAUUAAUAUUGGCUCACAUGCCAUUAUUAAUGGUCUGUUUGGAGGGUUUGGGUAAACUAGCUACAAAGUUUCCUAACAUUGCAAAUACUUCAAUUUCAUGUCUACGUGAUUUUCUUGUUAUACCUUCCCCAAUUUUAUUGAAACUUCAUAAGCAGCAGAAUACAGGCAAGAAUAAUCAAUUGCAAACCAUUAAGUUUACAGUUCAAGGAGCAGAAUUAAGCACCUCAGAUUCCAUAAAUGAGGGUUUAACAAGAUCAGCUCAUUCAGCAUUUGAAAAAUUACGAGAUGCUGCAAUUGAAAAUUUAAGUAUUGCUUUAAGAGCUGCUCAUUGCUUGGAUCCAUAUUGUGUUCCAGCUUUAGUAGCAAAUUUAUCAAAUAGAUUAUUUACCGCAGAUAUGUCUGACAGUGAAACUCAUCUCGUUUCUAUGAAUACUUUGAUUAUGUUAGGACAUGUGGCAGUUGCAUUGAAGGAUACUCCAAAGACAACAGAUACUAUUUUGCAAUUUUAUCAGCAAAGAUUUUGUAAAGUUCCAUCAAAUUUGGAUACUUUGAUUGUGGAUCAACUUGGGUGUAUGGUUAUUAGCAGAUGUGAUCCUCAGAUUUAUGAAGAAAUCAUGCGAAUGUUUACGAUGAUUACUGUGGAAUCUAGUUCUGCGGUAUAUGGAGCGUCUACAAUAGAUGAUAGGAAACAAUAUGGCCAUGUUAGUGGAGCAGUGAUUAAUGCACUGGCUAAUAUAGCAGCUAAUUUAGAAGGCGAAACUGAAAUGAUGGAGUUAUUAGGUAGAUUGCUUGAGUUGUUUGUUGGACUUGGACUAGAAGGAAAACGAGCAUCUGAAAAAGCACCCAGCACUCAAAAAGCUUCAAGCAGUGCUGGAAAUUUAGGUGUUCUCAUACCAGUUAUUGCUGUUCUUGUUCGAAGGUUACCACCCAUUAGAAAUCCAAAACCUCGUUUACAUAAAUUGUUCAAAGACUUUUGGUUAUAUUGUGUUGUAAUGGGCUUUACUGCAGCAGAUUCAAAUCUCUGGCCACAUGAAUGGUUUAUGGGUGUUAAAGAAAUUGCAGUCAAAUCGCCAUAUUUAGUAUCACAAUCAUCAGCAAAAUUUGAAAUGCGUGAAUUACAAUAUACAUCAGCCGUUCGGAAUGACAGUGUGUCUUGGAAUGAAUUGAAUGAACUCAAAACUCAAAUUAUGAACCUUUUAGAUCACCCUCAAGAUAUUAGUGCUUUUGUAAAUAAGCUGUCAUUUGCUCAGUGUACUUUUCUGCUUAGUGUUUAUUGGCUGGAAACCCUAAGAGUUUCGAACUCGUCUGAACCAAGUCUUCAACCAAUUUUAGAAUAUUUGAGUGAUACAGAGUUACAAAAGGAUAAAUCAGGAAUGUGGCAAUGUGUUUGCAGUGUGGGUGAUCAUGUAUUCCAGCAAUUUUUAGAAGUAAUGUCCAACAAGCCAAAAGAUGAAAGUCGUGAACGAGAAUUAGAAAGGCACGCUCAAUUUCUUCUCGUCAAUUUUAAUCACAUGCACAAGCAAAUUCGUCGCGUUGCUGAUAAAUAUUUAGCUGGGCUUGUGGACAAAUUUCCUCAUCUUCUAUGGAAUUGUCGUGUUUUGUGGUCAAUGUUAGACAUCUUACAAGUGUUAUCAUAUAGUCUUCAAUUAGAUCCUAAUGAAGAAACACCUACAUUAAAGAUUCCUUCAACACCUUACACGAUGCAACUUAUGGAUACUUGGGAGGCUAGGGAGACAAUUGUUAAAGAUUUUGCAGAUCGUUGCCAAGGUAUUGUACAAGAGGCAAUGAAAUGGGCCCCACAUUCUACAAGGUCGCAUCUUCAAGAAUAUCCAAAUCAAGUACCUAGCUCAGCACUGUGGCAUCACACAGGUUUAGCGUUAGCUGUAGAUUCACUUUUAAACUCCAGUCCACAGUCUACAAGUACAUCAGCAUUAAAUUAUUUAACUACAACAAACUCUGUGAAGCGCCCUAAAUGCAUGAAGAGUGAUAGCUCUCGGUUUGUCUCAGUUCUUGGAUUGAGAAGCAAGUACAGCGGUGAGGUCAGUGGAAUGUUGACAGCAUUGGGUUCAUCAGAUCGUAAUGAUCUGCCACAUACCCUUGUUAAUUCUAUUUGGGAAGCUUGUAAAGAAAAAAGCGAUUCUAAACACAGAGGCUCCCUCUGGAGAGCUACUUCUUUAUUGAUUUCACUACCAGGAAUUCAUAGAGCAUUGCUUCAUGCUAUUGCGUGGUCUCAGGUGGAGUUAUUCACUGGUGAUGCUAUGGCGACUGCAGUGGAAUGCUGGCAGUGGUUACUUACCGCUAGACCAGAUCUCGAAUUAUGUUUCCUGCAGGAAAUGCUGUCAGCUUGGCAGUACACCAUGGAAGCGAAAAUGGGUCUUUUUGCAGAUCAUAUUGAGGAAACUAGUCCAUUUGCUGCUUAUGAAGGGUGUAAAUUAGAACCGAGGCCCCCAUACGUAAAACCUCACGAUAUUUGGGUUCAGUUCAUAUCAGAGUUAGUUGAUACUGCAAAAUAUUCUAGUCAAGAUAAGAUUGAUAUGUUAGCCACACUGCUUCACAGAUCGCUUCCUAUGUAUGUUGGAAGUUCAGAAAAUAAACAGAACAGACAUGUAGCAGCAGUUGGAGUCAGAUUUAAACUAUUAACUUGUGGUCUAUCUUUACUACAAGGAGAUAUAUUACCAAAAAGUUUAGCUAAAAAUGUUCUGAGAGAAAGGAUAUAUUCAAGUUGUUUAGAUUAUUUUUGCGGACCUCAACAAUGCCCUAGUCAACCCCAAGAACAAUUGAAGGAUGAUAUUAUAACAUUGUUUAAAUUCUGGCAGACCAUGCAUUCCGAUAAAAAAUAUUUAAAGGCGAGUGUUGUUGGAGACUUUGAUAUGUACCCGCCGUCGAGGUCCCUUACGAAUUCUCUAACUUCGGAAGUGCGUUCCAACAGCAGCAGCGACUUUUCAAAGCCAACGACUGGUUGGAUCAACACCGUCCCUUUGUCUGCCAGUUCCAACACACUGUCGAAAAGAUCGGCUAGAUCAAAAAGGACUAUAAAUAAUGCCGAUGUUUUCGUUAAGGACUACAUAAAGAAACGAAAUCUUAUCUUGGAAUUAUUG